AUGGAAGAGAACCUAGUGGUGGAUGUAGACGGCAGUGUCGCCGUGGUUUCCGCACCCAACGAUGGGUCAAAUGACUCGGCGCAGUCUCACACGCUCCUCGCCGAAGCCGCCGAUGACGACGAACUCGACGAACUCGACCUCUCGCUGCUAAAGAAGAAGAAGAAAAAGGCCAAGAAGGCCGAAGAGUCAGGUGCAGUUGGGUCCGAUGGCGAAGCCCCGGCCGGCGGCGAGGACGAAGCAAUCGACCUCACUAUGAUGAAGAAGAAGAAGAAAAAGAAGGCACCGAUUAGCGACGAUGACUUUGCCAAGAAGUUGGAGGCGCUAAAUGUUGAGGGCAACGACGAGGAGGAGGAGGCUGUCGACGAGCAGGAAGGCGAUUCGGAAAAGGGUACCGGUAUUUGGAAGCAUAGCGAGGUCAAGCCUAUCAAGUACGACCUCCUUCUUUCUCGGUUUUUCGAACUUCUGGCGGAGAAGAACCCCGACCACGCACUUAGCGGCUCCCGAUCCUACAAGAUCCCACCGCCGCAGUGCAUGCGCGAAGGCAACAAGAAGACUAUCUUCGCCAACAUCCCCGAGAUCUGCAAGCGUAUGAAGCGGACGGACGAGCACGUUACAGCUUACCUCUUCGCCGAGCUGGGUACCACCGGUAGCGUUGACGGCAGCAGGCGGCUGGUGAUCAAAGGUCGCUUCCAGCAGAAGCAAAUCGAGAACGUGCUCCGGAAGUACAUUAUCGAGUACGUAACGUGCCGGACAUGUCGGUCUCCGGACACGGAAUUGGUCCGUGGCGAGAACCGGUUAUACUUUGUCACUUGCAACACUUGCGGCUCCCGUCGUUCGGUCCAGGCCAUCAGGACAGGUUUCUCGGCCCAGGUUGGCAAGAGAAAGAAGAUGAGGGCUUGA